GAGCGGCGCCCCCCGGUGGAGGCCUACGGCGGGCGCGGCGAGUGCCAGACGGCGGCCGAGCUGGAGCGUAUCCGCGGGGACCGGGACGCGCUGCACAUGGAGGGGCUGAUGGUGCGCGAGCGCAUCCUGGGCGCCGCCAGCGCGGACGUGUCGCACCCCAUCAUCUACCGCGGCGCCGUGUACGCCGACGGGCUGGAGUUCGAGCGCUGCGUGCGGCUCUGGCUGCACGCGCUGCGGCUGAGGCAGGCCGGGCUCCGCGGCACGCACAAGGACCUGCUGCGCUUCGCCCAGGUCUUCUCCCAGAUGCUGCACCUCAAGGAGCGCCCGCCCGCCGCCAGCGUCAACGCCGUGCUGGGCUGCAGCGUGCUGGAGAUCCGCCGCAGCGCCGCCCGCAUGGAGGGGAUUAUUGGGGGGGUGGGAGGGGGAGGGGUGGGGGGGGGCGGGAGGGGGAGGGGGGGAGGCAGAGCUGGCGCAGGCCACAGACAACUACGAGUCAAAUCUAUUCACUUUUCUGUACCUGGCGUGCAUCUCCACCAAGACGCCCUGGACCCGCGUUCCCGGGACGGCGCCUCUCUGCUGCACCUGGCCAUCAGCUCCAGCACGCCGGUGAACGCGGUGGACCACGAAGGCAACACGCCGCUGCACGUCAUCGUGCAGUACAACCGGCCAAUCAGCGACUUCCUGACGCUGCACGCCAUCAUCAUCAGCCUGGUGGAGGCGGGCGCCCACACCGACCGCACCAACAAGCAGCAGAAGACGCCGCUGGACAAGAGCACCACCGGCGUGUCCGAGAUCCUGCUCAAGACGCAGAUGAAGAUGAGCCUCAAGUGCCUGGCGGCGCGCGCCGUGCGCCGGCACCAGAUCACCUACCGGGACCAGAUCCCCAAGACCCUGGAGGAGUUCGUGGAGUUCCACUGA